CAAGUAUCGAUCAAUCCUAUAGACUUUCAGACCACUUUCUUAAAAAUGUGGCCAUUUGGAACUUCAAGCUCAACUAGCUCUUCCCAGCCUGCGACUUGCCCUCUUGGUCACGAUUCAUCAUCAAAAACCUCACCUCCGCGUGAUCACCCUACCCAGUUACCUACUGAUCGAGAAGUUUCUUCAAUCCCACGAUACCGAGAUGAUAGUGAAGAACAAGCCAAUUGGGUUUAUCCAUCACCAGCUCAAUUUUAUUCUGCUCUAGCAAGAAAGAAACAACAUUCUCCAGAAGUCAAUGAUAUGUAUACAGUAGUACCAAUUCAUAAUGCGGUCAAUGAACGGGUUUGGCAACAAGUUUUAGAAUGGGAAGCUAAUUAUGGCCAAGGUGCAUUUGAUCGAUGGCCAAGAUCUGGAAAAUCUGGUCCGAUGUUAUGUAGUUUUCGUGGAAGACCAAAUGAUCGUAGUCCGCGUGCUUGGAUGAAAGUUCUUUCUGGCAGGUAUCAGCCUCCUUUCGAUCGACAUGAUUGGGAAGUAGUCCGACCUACCGAAGAAAGGAUGCGAUACGUGAUCGAUUUUUAUCCCGGUCGAACAUACAAUCCUGAAGCUGGCACAUCGGCUACAUCAUCAUCACCUCCACCUAAUUUGGCUUUCUAUCUCGAUGUUCGUCCAGCACUUGAUAAUUGGGAAGGGAUUCGAAUGCGGUUACUUAAGACUUGGGACGAACUCAAGUUUGGUUCCACAUCUAGUCAACCUGAGAAACCAAUUACAAUUCCUUCAUCUUCAGCUCCUUCUCUCAACGGACCAGGCUUAUCAAAUCCUCAGAAUGCCUCCCCAUCGCAAUAA